AUGUAUUUCAGAAUGUCAGUAUUAGAACAGUUGAAAAAAGUGACCAUAGUCGUGGCCGAUUCUGGAGAUUUCAACUCAGUGAAAGAGUUCAAGCCUACAGAUGCGACCACGAAUCCUUCUCUUAUUCUUGGAGCUUCAAAAAUGGCGAAGUAUGCUCCUUUGAUGGAGGAGGCAGUAGCUUAUGCCAAGGAGCAUGCAGCAGGCAAAACACCUGAGCAGGUGCUAGAGUUGGCGAUGGAUAGGCUGUUUGUAGUUUUUGGAAAGGAAAUUCUGAAGAUCAUUCCUGGUCGUGUAUCAACAGAAGUUGAUGCUAAGUUAUCCUUCGAUACAAAGGGAUCCGUUGACAAGGCGUUGUCCUUAAUCGAACAGUAUGAAAAGCUUGGCAUUUCAAAGGAACGAGUUCUGAUCAAGCUGGCAUCUACAUGGGAAGGGAUACAAGCCGCCAAGAUAUUGGAGUCGCAACAUGGUGUUCAUUGUAAUAUGACUUUGCUUUUUAAUUUCGAGCAAGCAAUUGCAUGCGCUGAAGCAAAUGUAACGCUUAUUUCUCCAUUUGUUGGAAGGAUUAUGGAUUGGUAUGUUAAACAUACUGACGUAAAGAAGUACACUCGUCAUGAUGACCCAGGAGUUAAGAGUGUAACACGUAUCUACAACUAUUACAAGAAGCACGGGUACAAAACGCAAGUUAUGGCCGCAUCAUUCAGAAAUACAGAAGAAAUCAAGGGCUUAAUGGGUUGUGAUCUGCUCACUAUUAGCCCUGGACUGUUGCAACAGCUUGCACAAGAUGAUGAAGUCGUUUCAGUGGCACUGAAGAGUUCUGAUGCGGCUGGAAUGGACAUCCCGCGUAUCACAGUCGAUGAGAAGACGUUCCGAUGGGCCAUGAACGAGGACGCGAUGGCAACUGACAAACUUGCUGAGGGCAUACGCAACUUUAACAAAGAUGCACGAGCACUCGAACUCAUCGUUAAGAAGAUGCUUUAA